AUGGAUUACAUGACACAGAUUUCAAGGGUAGAUGUCUGUCCAAAGGAAACACCUACAUCUAGUGAGUACUUCUUUAGAACCUACAGUGUAGAGAAUAGUACUGUUCAGAAUAGUAAUCUUUCUUAUAGGGUCAUCGAUUUAUUUAUCUACGAAAUUCUAAUCUCAGCUAUCUAUGAAAAACUGUCCAAAUUAGACGCUAAUUAA